GAAGCAAAGAAUAAAAGCAUGCAAAUAUAUUUGCAUGAAUCACGUCUUUAUAUUCACAUCGAUAUCUUUAUCGAGCUUCUCAAUAAAGAAUUCUAUUACUCAUUCGAUUUUAUCAAAACUUUUUGACGUAAGAGAGAAAUAGAGAGAAAGAGAUGGGCAAACAACACUACUGUUCUCGAAAUCUGGAGCGCGCUCUCAUUUCGCAUCGCGAAGCGAAGCGCGACUGACAGGAGACCGCUCGUGAAGUGUCAAAUGUCAAGUAAAGCUUCUUUUCAAAAAACCGAAUAAGACUAACUACGGAUAAUCGUGCAAUUAAUUAACGACGUGCUGUCGUUCUUCUUAAAUUUAUAAUUCCCGAAUUUAUUCUGCAAAUCGGAAAGUGCAGUAUGUGAUAUACAUACAUAUAUAUAUAUAUGUAUACAUUGCAUCUCCGCCUCAGAUUAACCUGAUCCUAGCCGAAAUUAUACGUUCUAAACUGUCAUUAUCAUGUUUGAGAGUUCAAGCCGUCAUUUGACAGAUGAUCAGUAUUAGCUGUCAAAGAUGCACACGAGUGGUACAAUUGUUUAUUCCGUCUGUUGAAUUAUAUUUUGGAGUCAAUUAAUCGCAGAGAGGGAGAGAGAUAGAAGGAGUAGUUCAUUUGUCAAAUAUAAGGCUUCGCCAAGGAUCGCUCAGAUGUCAACGUCCAACGAUGACUUUGACAGACCGUUCGAGGAACUCGAGGAACCCCUGCAAUGGAGCGCUCUGCGAAACUUGUGCCACGCCAGUGUCGAGUAUUUCACGUCCCAUCAGAACGAGAAUGGUGUCAGGAUCAAGGCCGCGUCCCUGGUGAUCCUGGAGCAGCUGGACGAGCUGCAGCCGCUGUACAACGAGAUAGCAAUGUUCGCGGCGCACUUUGACUUCGACGAGGAGACACCGGGGAACGGAUACAGGAGCUUCCUCUCGAUGGUCGACAAAUGUAUUCUGCAUACCGAGCAGAUCUGCCAACAGAUGUACCAUCAAAAGGACUCCAUGUUCUCCCGAAAAAGCCAUCACAUGAAGGAAAUAGAGGCAUGCUCCCAGUUGAUGGUAUCCUUGAAGACAUUCUUGCAGUAUUUGAAAGUAUUGUACACAUGGAGUACGGAAGUGAUGAGCGAUGGAAAACUGUCACUAUUCAUAAUGGACCAUAGCGCUCAAGAGUUUAUUCAUUGGACAGAGAAUAUUAAUCAAUACUGUUUCUAUGGUAGAUGCAUAGGAUUUCAGUUUUGUAAUAGUUUAAAAAAGGUAUUAAAAACAAUAGCAUUUGCCAUGGUAUCUUAUAGUGAGAUGUAUUAUAAUAAUGAUACAGUAUUAGGACGAUGUGCUAAUUCCGUCAAGUAUUUUUUGAACCCUGAGGCAAGAGCACGUCGUAUUGUUAACAUAUCUCAAUAUGCUGAUAUUUCUUUUGCUCAAGCAUUUUGGUUCCUGAAUGAACUUGAAAUAUUGUCCAUAGUAACUCCCUCAUUAGCUAUCAAUCAAUUAAUAUCUAUUCCACCCGAGGAAUUAAUCCUGCCUACUCUUGAUGGUGGAACUGUUUCAAUUCCGAUACCAAAUAGUCAUAUAGGAAAGAAACCGAUUCACGUUAGAUUACUGAGUUCCAAACGACGUCUAGGAAUGGUCGGAUCUGGAGGUGUAGGAGGAGAAUUACAUGGUCUAUGCAACGAAUUGAUUAUUCAUACUCAUGGUGGCGGAUUCGUAGCACAGACGUCGCGAUCGCACGAAAUGUAUCUGCAUAAUUGGGCUAUGACUUUAGGCGUACCUAUCUUAAGCAUAGAUUACAGUUUAGCUCCGGAAGCUCCCUAUCCACGCGCGCUCGAGGAAGUGCUGUACGCUUACGCAUGGGCGCUAAAGCAUGCGAGUACAUUACUGGGAAGUACAGCGGAGAAGGUGAUAUUUGUCGGUGACUCAGCUGGAGGUAACUUAAACUUGGGAGCCACCUUGAAAUGCCUGCAGUUAAAUAUAAGAAGACCAGAUGGUAUUUUUAUGGCUUACGCACCAAUAUUAAUUGAUUUCGUUCCGUCACCGUCUCGCAUGCUCUGUCUUACAGAUUCAUUGUUACCAUAUGGAUUUAUGGUACGAUGCUUGAAAGCUUACGUAGGAUUUGACAAGAAACUUACAAAAGAAAGCGAGAAUGAAGAAUGCACCAAAUCAGACACAGAAUCUUUUGCCGAAGUGAGCGAAAGUGACCUUAUAGCAUUAGCCCUGAGUCCAAAUGGAGACGACGCGAAUGGCGCGCAUAAAUUAGUAUCUCUACCGUCCGAUUCAACGUUAAAUUCUGUCAGCUUAACCGAAGUUGAUGGUAUUGAAGGUCCAAAAGCACAGGUGGGAUCUCGAGAAUAUAUCAGAAGAUUUUUAAAUAUGUACCGAAAUUCCGGCACCGCUUCAAUGUCGUCGCCUGCAGAAAAUGGAAAUGUCAGCAGAGAUGAUAAUGUUUCGGGACAGAGCGAAAAAUCGUCAUGGUCUUUCUCUCUGUUCGGAUGGCCCCUUGGAAGAAAUAACAAGGAUAUCAGACAACUUGAUAUGAAGAAUGCUAAACCUUUUUGGGAAGAAUUUAUAUUUACAGUACCGAGGGACAUGUAUAUGAGUCCUUAUUUCGCGUCAGACGAUAUGUUAGCCCACAUACCACCUAUGAAGAUACUGACGGUAGAGUUUGAUCCUUGUCUCGAUGACUGCGUCAUGUUUGCGAGAAAGCUUCGCUCGCUUGGCAAUAAUGUUACGCUGGAUAUAUUACCAGAUCUGCCACACGGAUUUUUCAAUUUCCUACAUGUUUCAAAAGAAGCAAUGGAGGGUGUAGAAUUUUCUGUCAGAAGAAUAAAAGAGUUACUGGAAUUACAAUCAUAAUAUGAAAAUUGUCACAGUUAAGAUAUAUAUGUUGAUCUAGAGUAAAUGGAAAACGUACUUCAAUAUCACAGCAACUUGUAUUUAUACAACAAAUGUAAUUGUGUCUAGAUGCAAUCAAAUGUCCAUAAUAUCAUUUUCAACGGCUAUAUCUAUAAUAUAUAUUCAAAUAUUGGAUAAUGCUUUGCACUAGCAAUUUUCUAUAUGUAUUAGCUUUAAUUAUUAUUAUUAUUAUAUAUUAUUAUAUGUUGUCACAUUGUGAAAAAAGCAGCAUUAUUUAAAACUUAGAAUAUGUAUAUAAUGUAUUGCAUCUAAUAUUUGAUUAGAUCUUAAAGAAGACAACAGAAAACGUCCUACAUAUAUAAAAAGACAGUUUUACAGAUAUUUAAUA